AUGUGGGCUAAGGUGUUUAUUAAGUCUAAGCCUGGACGUUAUGGUAUAAAGUUUUGGAUAUGUGCUGAUUAUGAGACAGGAAUGACUCUAAACCUCCAAAUGUACUUGGUAUGUGUGGUGGUAAGGAGGACAAUCAAGGCUUUAGAGUGGUCGGGAAUAUGGUGCUACCCAUGUUAUGCCGUGGUAACAAGUUUACUGUUGUGUGUGACGUCUUUUUCUGUACACUACCUUGCUUCAUGUGGGUGCCAACUUUUGGGAACCAUGAGGAUCAAUAGGAAAGAACUUCCUGACAAAGCAAAAACCAUCAAAAAGAGAACUCCCGAUACUACCAUCUUUUUCUCGAAAGGAAAGUGUAAACUCAUCUCUUACUUCAACGAGAAAAAGAAGCUGGUAUUGGUCUUGUCAACCUGCCACUAA